GUCGGAUCUAGCACCACUAGUAACCGAUUGAAUGCCGCAACAGAAGGAUCCAAUGCAACAAACGAUAUAGACAACACUGCAAACCUGCUCAGCCAUUACCAAAACCUUACCAAGCUUACAAAUGAGCAGCGGUGGGCCGCAAUGACCUUGCACAAUCGCUCUCUUUUGAUCAACCCCGUUUCUUUGCUUUGUGGCGCCUGGAGCAGGAACAACGUGUUUUCUUUCCGUCACGCCUUGGUACACAUAGCUGCUCAAUGGGAAGAAAUUGCACCAGCGGCCGUACCUUGUCCUAUACAGUUUACGGAGAAGGAACUAGAGCUCCACAACAGUGAGAUGGAGCUUGUAGAGGGUCUCAGAGAAGUCCUGCACCAGCUUCAGAACGAUAACCUGAUCCCACUGGAUGGCAUGGUCCUUCGAGAAAAUUAUGAGCAGGCUUCACGCAUCAACAAUACCGUCAAGGAGAUGUUUGUAAACAUGGCUGAGUCCGACUCACACAGUCUCGUAUUCACGAAUAUGGCCCUAUCAAGACCGAGAUUUGUAAUUGCCUUGUUUCAGUCGUCAUGGUGCUAAUGGCUGUCAUCUUUUCGUGGUCUUACUCAUCUGGUGCUAGGUAGGAUAGACCGCAAACCCAAGAUCACGUGACCCAUGCUGAUAAGAUGCGGCUCAGGAUGCGCUCACCCAGCACAGCCACAACUCAGGCUGGAGCAUGAGCAGCUCAGUUCCCUGAAUGGGAAA